AUGACAUCCUCGACGAACCAGUAUAUCCGCCAGAUACUGCAUCAUAGCGAGGCACCGCCACCAGUAAAAGCCCGCUUCUUCUACACCUCACCGCUAGCCAUAGACGAUCCUCUAUCACCGCUACCGCCUUCAGCUCAGACAGCCCAGACGAUGUAUGCGAAACUGCCACCGCGGCCCUUUUCCGAAUUCGAUAAUACUGCUCUCGACAAGGCAUGGCACGACCUCCGGCGAAAGCUCCUCAGGUACAACGAAGAGCGGGGCGAGAAGCCAAAGCCACAUGCGGAUCCUGAGCCAACCGGCAGGCAAGAGAAGGGGAAGAAGGCAGAGCUUAGUGUACUGAGUACCUCUCCAUCUGCUCGCCGUCCGGCAUCCGCCAGCGAUGCCUCGACAAGGAGCAAUAGACCGCCUGUUAUCCAUGAGGCACCGGCUGUCCCACCGGACGCUGAGAACCACGACACAACCGGGACUCCUUUCAUUCGCGCCCCUUCUAUGCGACGAGCAGACCGAAUUCCUUCCAGACCUCAACCUCAACUGCUCGACAGCUACCAGUGGGAUGACCCUUCAGCUAAGGCCAAGCAGCCCAAGAAGCCGCAAGCCAGUCCAGAAACACCUUCUGCAAAGAUAGCCGUCGGAGUCUCUCGCCUGCACCAUGUAGCCAUGCCGGAUCUCAACCUGGAGCCCAUUUACUGGCGUCCAGUCAACGACGUUUCUCCAGUUGUGCGUGCCACUUGGUUUUACAAAGAUACCAUGCUUCCGGUCGAGCCAUCUGUCGCCAACAUGCUGGAAGCAGGCUAUACCGAGCUACAGCCUUGGACCGAGACUUGGAGCGACGAGCUGAAUAGUGCCAUCGAAGUCGGUGCCGCUGGAGAAGCGAAAAUCUUGCACAAACUUUGGCCUGAUCUGUUCAAGAGGCUCGAAAGCAGACCAUCCACUGCCAGAACAGAAAUGGGUAGCGUCACCUCUAUGAACCUCGACGACGAGCCAGCCACAGCCGAGAAGGAUCGCGAACAUGCUGUUGAGAUCGCUUGUGAUAUCAUUGAUAUUGCUUCAGGUGUCGAUGGUGUCGACAACAAGGCCUCUGGUACCUCCACUUAUUCAUCAGGUGGCGGCUUGCCCAGGUGGUAUCCCACUGCCGGUGUCGUAUACGCGAAUGCGAACGAUGCAUACAUUUUGAAGCCCAAUCUCCAACCAUCAGCCUACUACGGUCGUCGUCCCCUGGCGAACUACAUCCGCAAAGGCCGCAAGCUGGGUAUAGCCGUUGUUCGUGGCUUCGAUCAAGCCGCAUACGAUCGAUUGUACCCAACCAAGAAAAGCUCUACCGCGACGAAGGCUGAAGAAGGUGUAUCAUCCUCUCAAUCAGGAGCGCCUCCGAAUCGGCGACAGAAGUCUGAUCCCGCCCUUGCCCAUGCUGAGCGACCCAAAGUCACAGAGUUAAUUCUCGUCAUUCAUGGCAUUGGCCAAAAGCUUUCGGAACGUAUGGAGAGUUUUCAUUUUACGCAUGCUAUCAACGCUUUUCGACGAGAAGUGAGCGUCGAAUUGGGGACAGAUGGUGUGAAGUCACGGCUAAGAACGAACAUGGGUGGUAUCAUGGUUCUGCCGGUCAAUUGGCGUCAAAGUCUCUCUUUCGAAGAUGGCGAACGAGACAUCCCUGAUGAUCCGGCAUUGAAUGACUUUGGUCUCAAGGACAUUACUCCCGAAACUCUUCCAUCCGUGCGAAACAUCGUCUCGGACGUCAUGCUGGAUGUUCCUUACUAUUUAUCACACCAUCAACCCAAGAUGAUUGCCGCCGUCAUUGGUGAGGCCAACCGUAUCUACAAGCUUUGGUGUCAGAACAAUCCUGGCUUCGCUCAGCAUGGACGAGUACACAUCAUUGCGCAUUCAUUGGGCAGCGUGAUGGCGGUGGAUAUCUUGUCUAAACAACCAACCAGUAUCCCUGCGGAGCUUUCCGAUCCUACCACCGUCGAUCUGAACUCUUCGCCGCCUCUGGAGCAUUUCCUCUUCAACACUUCUGGCUUGUUCCUGUGUGGAUCGCCUGCAGGCUUCUUCCUGCUUUUGAAGCGAGCAUCCUUGAUGCCCCGACUGGGCAAGCAGAAGCCCGGUGCAAAUUUGUCUUCCAUCCGAAAGCCGAUUUGUGGAAGUCAUGGAACGUACGGCUGUCUUGCGGUCGACAACAUCUACAACAUCAUCAAUCCUUAUGAUCCAGUGUCGUAUCGUUUGAAUGCCACGGUCGACGCUCCAUAUGCCUCCUCGCUCAAGUCAGCGUGGGUACCCACAGCCAGUCCAGGCUGGUUCUCAUCCUCCGGAUCAUGGUUCUAUUCCUCGCCCGAAGGCGCAUCAGGCAAUCGCCCCGACCAGUUACCCAGACUGCCAUCUAAUGUGGAACUAGAAACUCAUAACUUCUCACGUGAGGAGAUUGCAGAACAGCGCAUGUUACUACUCAACGAUAACGGCCAAAUCGACUACUUCCUCAAAUACGGUGGGGGACCCUUAGAAAUCCAAUAUCUGACUAUGCUCGGGGCGCACAGCAGUUACUGGCUCCUCAAGGACUUUGUUCGCAUGAUCGUUCUGGAAUGCGGCAGAGGACUCGGUAGAGAUGGAACUAUUCAGGGGAUGAGAGCAACAAAGAAGAAGACGCAGUUGACUACAUGAUGAGACGAAGAGCAUCACUUUUAUUUUCUGCUUGAUACCUAUAUUGCAUUCUUAAUGAUACCCCCUUUUCUUUGACUUUUGAUCCCGCUUCUUCCUUCUCCUUCCACCACCCUAUUUG